CCCCCCUCCUCGGGAGAGCUGCCGCUGGCCGGGGCUGGCCGCCGGGAGGCGACUCCUCCGGGACUGGGUGAUAGGACAAUCGACGACAGCAGUCCGACUAUCCCGACUGCGGGCAAGACCCCAGCGUUUCCUCUCUGUGUCUCGGGAGCCCCCUCCAGACUCCAUUAGCGGCCUGUCCUUUCAAGAAGAAGAAAAGCCGGGAGGAAGCCGGGAACGCGGGGAGCCGGAGCCCGCCAUGGGCCGCCCGUGCGCGCUGGCUCUCGCUGUGGUUUCGGCCCUAUUGUGCCAGGUCUGGAGCUCCGGGGUAUUUGAGUUGAAGCUGCAGGAGUUCGUCAACAAGAAGGGCCCGCUGGGGAACCGCAACUGCUGCAGCGGAGCGGCGGGGGGCUCGGGCCCGCCGCAGUGCGAGUGUCGGACCUACUUCCGUGUGUGCCUCAAGCACUACCAGGCCAGCGUGUCCCCCGAGCCGCCCUGCACCUACGGCAGUGCCGUCACGCCGGUCCUCGGCGUGGACUCCUUCAGCCUGCCAGACGGCGUGGAUGUCGGCCACGCGUUCAGCAAUCCCAUCCGCUUUCCCUUCGGCUUCACCUGGCCGGGUACCUUCUCUCUGAUCAUUGAAGCCUUGCACACGGACUCCCCAGACGACCUAACCACAGAGAACCCCGAGAGGCUCAUCAGCCGCCUGGCCACGCAGCGGCACCUGACGGUCGGUGAGGAGUGGUCACAGGACCAACACAGCAGCGGCCGCACAGACCUCAAGUACGCCUACCGCUUCGUGUGUGACGAGCACUACUAUGGCGAGGGCUGCUCGGUCUUCUGCCGGCCCCGCGACGACGCCUUCGGCCACUUCAGCUGCGGCGAGCGCGGGGAGAAGGCCUGCAACCCCGGCUGGAAGGGCCCUUACUGUACAGAGCCGAUCUGCCUGCCCGGCUGUGAUGAGCAGCAUGGGGUCUGCGACAGGCCAGGAGAGUGCAAGUGCAGGGUCGGCUGGCAGGGCCGGUACUGCGACCAGUGCAUUCGGUACCCCGGCUGCCUCCACGGCACUUGCCAACAGCCAUGGCAGUGCAACUGCCAGGAGGGCUGGGGUGGCCUCUUCUGCAACCAGGAUCUCAACUACUGCACCCAUCAUAAACCCUGUGAGAAUGGCGCGGCCUGCACCAACACUGGUCAGGGCAGCUACACCUGCUCCUGCAGGCCUGGGUACACAGGCACCAACUGUGAGAUCGAGGUCAACGAGUGUGAUGCUGGCCCUUGUAAGAAUGGAGGAAGCUGCACGGAUCUGGAGAAUGGCUACUCCUGUGCCUGCCCCCCAGGCUUCUACGGCCAGCAUUGUGAGCUGAGCGCCAUGACAUGUGCUGACGGCCCCUGUUUCAACGGGGGGCGCUGCUCGGACAACCCAAACGGGGGCUACACCUGCCACUGCCCCAGAGGCUACUCUGGCUUUAACUGUGAGAAGAAAGUGGACCACUGCGGCUCUUCACCAUGCUCCAACGGGGCACACUGUGUGGACCUGGGCGCUUCCUACCUGUGCCGUUGUCCGGCGGGUUUCUCCGGACGGCACUGUGACGGCAACGUGGACGACUGUGCCUCCCUGCCUUGCGCCAACGGCGGCACCUGCCAGGAUCGCGUCAACGAUUACUCCUGCACCUGUCCCCCGGGCUACACGGGCAAGAAUUGCAGCGCCCCCGUCAGCCGGUGUGAGCACGGCCCGUGCCACAACGGGGCCACCUGCCAUGAGAGGGACCUCCGCUACAUGUGCGAAUGCGCACGCGGCUACGGUGGCCCCAACUGCCAGUUCCUGCUUCCAGACCCUGUGGUGGUGGACCUGACUGGGAGCUACUUGGAGACUCGGGGCGGCCCGUUCCCCUGGGUGGCUGUCUGCGCCGGCGCAGUGCUGGUCCUGCUGUUGCUGCUGGGCUGCGCGGCUGCGGGCGUCUGCAUGCGACUGAAGGCGCAGAAGCGUCGGCUGCCCAGCGAGGCUGGCCGGGCCGAGGUGGAGACCAUGAACAACGUGGCCAGCUGCCAGCGCGAGAAGGACGUGGCAGUCAGCAUCAUUGGGGCCCCGCAGAUCAAGAACACCAACAAGAAGGCAGAUGUGCACGGCGACCACAGUGGCGACAAGGGCAGCUUCAAGGCCCGGUACCCGGCUGUGGACUACAACCUGGUGCAGGGUCUCAGGAACGAGGACCCCGCCAGGGAUGCCCACGGCAAGCUCGAAGCCAGGCCCGAGCCACACGGCUGUUCCAGCGUGGACCGGGGCUCUAUGGCGCCCAGGGGUGGGGAAGCGUCUGAGCGGAGAAGGCGGGACUCAGUGAGCGUGAGUGGCACGUCCAAGGACACCAAGUACCAGUCGGUGUUCGUCAUCUCUGAGGAGAAGGACGAGUGCGUCAUCGCCACGGAGGUGUAAAAGGGAAAUGAUAUGGCACCCCCAGCCCCCCGUUUCUCCUAAAACACAUAGAAUUCCAAGGAUAUAUGCCCCAACGGAUGCUGCUGUAUGAGGAGGGAGGCCCGGCUGCUGCUGGGAUAAAUUCAGACUGAGCUGGCUCUCUUCCUGAAGUUAGUGGGCGCCUGCUCAUGGCCCAGGCCGGCGGGCAGCGCGGGCGCCCACUGCAUGGCCUCUGACUCCCAUUGCACUAUGGACAGUUGCUCUUAAAGAUUUAUAUUUAAUGGACGGACGGACUGACUGACGGCAGAGACUGUGUGCUGCCUCAUGUGUGUGUUUGCCACCCUCCGAGCCAGUCUUUUCUUGAGUUAAACACAAACACUGCCUGUUUGUCCUCUUUGGAUACUGAAAUAUGUUUUUUUCUAGGUGGAAAAAAAAUGUGUGUUAUUUUUUGGAUUUGUAAAAAUAUUUUCAUGAUAUCUGUAAAGCUUGAGUAUUUUCGUGAUGUUCAUUUUUUUAUAAUUUAAAUUUUCUGGUAAAUAUGUACAAAGGCACUUCGGGUCUCUGUGACUAUAUUUUUUUGUAUAUAAAUGUAUUUAUGGAAUAUUGUGCAAAUGUUAUUUGAGUUUUUUACU